UUUCAUUUUCACAUGCCCGCCCGCCUCCCUUCUCUUCUCCGACUCAUUUAAAUGCCUCCGUUCACAUGCUCCAUCCAGUAAGACCUCCGCCUUGGCUUCACCUCGUCAACUCUCGCUUGAAGCACCAGCGCCGCCGCCUUCUCCUCCGACGAUCACAAUGUCUUCCUCCAACAGCCGGAGAAAGAUCCUCCUCCGUCGUCACCCUGUCGUGGUGGACGUCGGCUGCAACUGCCGCGGGUCGAGGCUGGCAUCUCUCUUCUUUCCUUCCUCCUCCUCGUCCUCUGCUUCCUACCCUUCUUCUUCCAAGACCAAGCUGAAGUCAACGGAGCUCUCCUCCACCACCACCACCACCACCACUCGCUCCGCCUCCUCGUGGGACCCUUCCUUCUCGUCCUCCCACGAGGAGACCCCCUCGCCGCAGCUCCCGCCGGCGCCGCCGCAGCAGCAGCCGAGGAGGAACCGGAGGAGGCGACCGAAGAUCAAGCAGGAGGGCCGGGCGGCGCGGGAGAGCGUGGCGGUGGUGAAGGAGACGUCGGAGCCGUACUACGAGUUCAAGGAGUCGAUGGUGCAGAUGAUCGUGGAGAAGGAGAUGUACGGAUGGGACGACCUCAACGACCUUCUCCACCGCUUCCUCUCCCUUAACUCCCCCCGCCACCACCACCUCAUCCUCCGUGCCUUCGCCGACCUCUGGCGCGGCAGCGUCUUCUCUCCUCCCUCCCCCCUCGCCGCCUCCCCGCCACCCCACUACCACUACUACUAAUCAACCACCUCAUAUUACAACCCAUGCAACUCCCCUGCUUCUAAACUGAUCAACAAAACAGGGAAGCUGCUCAGCUCUGCCUGUAGUCACUAAGAGAACUAAUUAGGCUCAAGUGUGCAUGAUUAAGUACUAAGUAGAUCCACCGUCUCAAUUUGCUAGCUAUGUAACAGCUUUUGUAAUGGCAACGAUGAAAUCGAUGAAAUAGAACUGUGCCUGUUUCAGCUCUCGCUCUUGUCUCUGGCGUGUGGGAGUUGUC